AGGAGGCGGGAGCUCAGACCGGCGCCUUCUCCUUGCUUCUUGGGGUCGUGGCCUUGCUCCCGCUGUGCGAGGGAAGUGUCCGGCGCCUCCACGCGCGUGUGUGCGCGGGGGCCCUGACGUGCUCGUGGGUCUGCGCUAGGUCUCUGCCAGGGCGGAAGCAGGAGCCAUGGGCGGGACCGCCAGCACGCGCCGGGUCACCUUCGAGGCGGACGAGAAUGAGAACAUCACGGUGGUGAAGGGCAUCCGGCUUUCGGAAAAUGUGAUUGAUCGAAUGAAGGAAUCCUCUCCAUCUGGUUCGAAGUCUCAGCGGUAUUCUGGUAUGUCUGGUGCCCCAGUUUCUGAUGAAGACUUGAAAAGAAGAGUAGCUGAAGAGCUGGCAUUGGAGCAAGCCAAGAAAGAAUCUGAAAGUCAGAAACGACUAAAGCAAGGCAAAGAGCUGGAGCGAGAGCGAGCUGCGGCCAACGAGCAGUUAACCAGAGCCAUCCUUCGAGAGAGGAUCUCAAGCGAGGAGGAGCGAGCGAAGGCGAAGCACCUGGAUCUUGAUGACAAAGCCAGGCAGCUGGAAGAAAAAGACCGAGUGAUAAAGAAGCAGGAUGCAUUCUACAAAGAGCAGCUGGCUAGACUGGAGGAGAGGAGCUCAGAGUUCUACAAAGUCACCACUGAGCAAUAUCAGAAAGCAGCUGAAGAGGUGGAAGCGAAGUUCAAGCGGUAUGAGGUUCACCCAGUCUGUGCUGAUCUACAGGCCAAAAUUCUCCAGUGCUACCGUCAGAACACCCAUCAGACGCUCAGCUGCUCUGCUCUGGCCAACCAGUACCUGCACUGUGUCAAUCAUGCCAAACAGAGCAUGCUUGAGAAGGGAGGAUAAAACUUGGAAAACACACCAAACUUCUUCAACGUUAAUUCCAGAGGUGGAACAUUUUUUUUUUUCCUCAUAAGAAAAUAACCCAUUAAAGAGAAGACCAUUAAAGAGAAGCACUGGAGAACAGGUUCAACAGAACUUUUUGAUCAGCAACAAUUUGAAAAGCCAAGGCCUACAUCAUGAAUCAGUCAUCAAAGGACACUGUUCAGUAUUAGGAACCCCAUUUAUGAUGAUUAAAAGAGAAGGGCAGCCCUCUACCUUUUUGUACUUUCUAUUCUAUUGGCCAUCAAAUGUUUCUUCUCUUCUAAGCAGGCUCCGUGGUUUGGUGAUCACUCCAGUGGGGGCGGGAGGGUGUAGCUAAUUGGAACCAGGAGAGAAGACAGCAAAAAUUGUGGGUCUCAGGGCAGCAGUAUCAGGUGGAAUUGUCUAGAUUCUGACAUGUUGGUUUUUUUCUCUUUUUCAUCUUUGAUUAUAUUAAGAGCUAUUUCAUUUUAACUUAUUAUGGUGAUCGUGCAAGUAGGAAGACAAAAAGGAGAGAAAAUGUACCUCUUUUACUGGAAUAAUGUUUAUGAUUACAAGUAAAAUAAGGCAUUUUUAUCCAUAUAAAGGUAACCUUGGCUUAUACAACCUCUAUCAUGUAUACUGACAUCUUUUCUCCACUUGCUAUCAAUAAUAAAUAUAUUUUCUGACAAA